UUUUGCAAAACAUUCACAGACAUGGGAAGUGGAGAAUCUAAACAAGAUGAACGGCCAUCCCAAAGUCACCUGAUUGAAAAACCAUGGAGGAUUCAGGAAUUUAGCGUAAAUGUAAGGGAUAAACGUAUAGAUGAAAUUCGAAAAUACCAGACUGUCACAGAGUUGGUGGAGGAUCCUAGAAUCCUCCUGAUCGGGCAGAUUGGAUGUGGUAAAAGCAGCUUCUUCAACUCGGUGAACAGCGUCUUCAGAGGUCAUGUGAUGCGGCAGGCCACAGCUGGGUCUGGAGAAACCAGUGUAAGCAAACUGUACCGGACGUAUCCAGUUUUUGAUGGAAAAGGUACAAAGAGGCUGCCAUUUAUCCUGUGUGACACCAUGGGCCUGGAAGGGAGUUCUGAUGAGGCAGGAAUCCAUGUGGAUGACAUCAUCAGUGUCAUUAACGGACACGUCCCAGACAUGUAUGAGUUCAAUCCCAAAGCACCAAUAAACUAUAGAUCCAAAUGCUACAGAGAGAAUCCCUGUCUGGCUGAUAAGGUGCACUGCAUCGUCUAUGUUGUGGAAGCAAGCAAACUCAGCCUCAUUAGUGAAGUUCUGCUGAAGAAGUUUAAGUUCAUCCAGUCCAACGUGAACAACAAGGGGAUUCCACAGCUCGUGAUGGUCACUAAGAUAGACGAGGCCUGCAUGGAAGUUAGAAACGAUCUGACCAAAGUGUACCAAAGCAGCUACAUUUAUGAGAAGGUAACUGAACUGGCAAAGGUGUUGGGAGUUCCUCUCUCUGCUAUCUCCCUGGUUAAGAACUACGCUGUAGAUUUCGAGCUCAACCUCAAUAUGGACGUUUUGAUCCUGACGGCCCUCCAGCAGAUGUUGAGAGCUGUUGACGGCUGCUUAGAUGAAAUGAUGCAGAGAAGCCUCACCCAGGAGGGCAGCUCUUAGUGUUUUUAGUCAGUGGUAGUCCAACAGUUUCCUUUUACUCUUACUUUGUCAUUCAUUUUAUUUUUCUAAAACAGUGCGGUUUAAUGUGAACUCCAGUCACAAAGGCUACAUUUUGAUCUUGUUUUCCUGCUGCGCCAUUGUGUGCUUGUUAAUUUGAGAAAACUUAUUAUUUUUAACAAACAGGGUGGCCCGGUUAGCUCCCUGACAUUUUAUAUUGUCUCUUGUCUUAUCCUUGAUUGAUAACAGUGGGCACAUAUCAAGAUGUGAUCUUCAUUUGAUCCAAAUCUCUCAAAAAAGGUGAUGUAAUGUAAGAAACGUCAGGCCACCUUUACAUUUUUCGGUUAAUUGAAUAAUUUAAAUAAAAAUAAAUUCAAAUUUUGCAUGUGGAAAAACUAAGUGCAUCCCAACAUUUAUCACCACCUCAAAUACCACAAAUUAGAAUCAGGACAUCAUCAGAGAGGGUCUCGUCUGAACCUGCCCUCCUGUUAUUUAAAGAUAAGACAUUUAGAUGGGUUUGCUUGUGUGUGUGUGUGUGUGUCAUCAUCAUCAUCAUCAACAGCUGAAUGAGGCCAUCAGAAAGAAGUGUGGCAAGUGAAGAAGAUCUCAAACAACUGCCAACUUGUCCAAGUCAGGCUGAUUCAGCAAAGUCAAAAUGCUGAAAGAAGUCCUUAAAACCCCCAAAUUGUCAUCACUGGACCCCCCCCAGGUAUCUCCUGCCACCGUUGAUGAAAGAGUCUGCACAGAAGAGGUCUACAGUACAUGGCAGGUGUGCCAGGAUGAACACUUUGCUGUUCAAAACUACAGAUUCAAGAUCGAGCGGAAACAUCUCGGCAGACAAAGGCCAGGACUUCAGGAACAAUGUGCUCUGAGCAGACUUGGCAAAGACAGAGCUACUUGUCCAUAAUAGCAGAUGAAGUGUGUGGUAGAAACCAAAGAUGGAAUUUGAGCAGAAGAACCUGACGGCAACUGUAAAGUGUCAUUGUGGUUGUGAUGGGAUUGUUUGUUGCUGCUUUGCCCCAUCAGGGCCUGGGCAGUUCAUCAUCAUAGAAUCCACUAGGAAUUCUCCACUUGUACCACAGGGUGCUUGAGAAAAAUGUGAGACCAUCUGUCCAGGGUAUGACGUCAAACUGCAUCCGGCCCUCCAACUUGCAGGGAAAUCACAAGGGUUGGUGGUGGGAUUGUCAAUCCAGCCACCGUAAAAAAACUUCUCACAUCUCCAGAAUGGCAGAUAGGACCCCUUUCUACUCUCCAUGUUAGUAUCUGUGCUGCGAUCGCAUUAUGAAGGGGAUGGGAGAAGCCCUCAGGAGCCUCAUCCCAGGAAGAGUGAAAACCAUCAGAGAGUCAAUGAGGUCAGGCCUGUCGGGGAUCAGAUCUGGUGUAGUGCUGAGGUGUCGACCGCUGCUCGGCUGUCGUCAUGUGGUGGGUGCAGCAAUGUGCUGUACCAGUGAAUGCUCCCCAACCUGACCUGAUCUGUCAGAACAUUGACAAUGACCCUAAAUAUAUCAGUAAAUACACUGAGGAAUGAAGGAAAAGGGGGAUACUUGAAAUGACCACAUCAUUGCCAUCAAGAUGAUUUGGGCAAAAAGCGGGCCGUGCACGUAAGACACCCCUCAGACAUCACGCAGCUGAAAGGAUUCUGCAUGGAGGAGUGGGAGACUCUUAGACGCUUAUAGGAAACGUUGACUUCAGGGGGCAAUACAGCUAAUGGAGACUUA